AUGGACGGCCUGCUCCUGCCUGUGUCGUUACUGCUGCUGCUCAGGGCCUCAGGCCUGUGGGGGCAGAGCCCAGGGCCUGGGGGCCCCUCGGGAGAGCCCCGGAAGGAGGAGGUUCCCGAGGAGGAUGGGAUCUUGGUGCUGAGCAGCCGCACCCUGGGCCUGGCCCUUCGGGACCACCCUGCACUGCUGGUGGAGUUCUAUGCCCCGUGGUGUGUGCACUGCAAGGCACUGGCCCCAGAGUACAUCAAGGCAGCUGCCCUGCUGGCAGCAGAGUCAGCCACAGCCAGGCUGGCCAAGGUGGAUGGGCCUUCUGAGCCAGAGCUGACCGAGGAGUUUGCUGUGACAGAGUACCCCACACUCAAGUUCUUCCGUGACGGGAACCGCACACACCCGGAGGAAUAUACUGGCCCCCAGGAGGCUGAGGGCAUCGCCGAGUGGCUGAGGCGGCGGGUGGGUCCCAGCACUACACGUCUGGAAGAUGAGGAGGGUGCCCAGGCGUUGAUAGAUGCCCAGGAUGUGGUGGUCAUUGGCUUCUUCCAGGACCUGCAGAACGAGGAUGUGGCUACCUUCCUGGCUCUGGCCCAGGAUGCUCUGGACAUGACCUUUGGCCUCACCGACCAGCCACAGCUCUUUCAGAAGUUUGGCCUCACCAACAACACUGUGGUCCUUUUUAAGAAGUUUGACGAGGGGCGGGCAGACUUCCCAGUAGACGAGGUGGGCCUGGACCAGGAUGACCUGUCCCGCUUCCUCCUCACGCACAGCAUGCACCUGGUCACUGAGUACAACCUCCAGACGUCCCCCAAGAUCUUUGCGGCCAGGAUCCUCAACCACUUGCUGCUGUUCAUCAACCAGACGCUGGCCCUGCACCAGGAACUGCUGGCGGGCUUCAGGGAGGCGGCACCUCCGUUCCGGGGGCAGGUGCUGUUCGUGGUGGUGGACGUGGGUGCCGACAACAGCCAUGUGCUACAGUACUUUGGGCUCAGAGCGGAGGAGGCCCCUACCCUACGCUUCAUCAACAUGGAGACCACUAAGAAGUACAUGCCUGCAGACCAGGAACUAAUCACUGCCACCUCAGUAGCCGCCUUCUGCCACUCAGUCCUCGGAGGCAAGCUCAAGCCCUAUCUUCUGAGCCAGGAGGUCCCCCCCGACUGGGACCAGCAUCCAGUCAAGACCCUCGUGGGCAAGAAUUUUGAGCAGGUGGCUUUUGAUGAAACCAAGAAUGUGUUUAUCAAGUUCUAUGCCCCAUGGUGUACCCACUGCAAGGAGAUGGCACCGACCUGGGAGGCACUGGCUGAGAAGUACAGGGACCACAAGGACAUCAUCAUUGCCAAGCUAGAUGCCACAGCCAAUGAGCUGGAAGCCUUCCCUGUGCAUGGCUUCCCCACCCUCAAGUACUUCCCAGCAGGGCAGGGUCAGAAGGUGAUUGACUACAGAGGCCCCCGGGACCUGGAGACCCUGUCCAAGUUCCUGGAUAGUGGGGGCACGCUACCUGAAGAGGAGCCCGCUGAGGAGCCCUUAGCCCCCUUCCUGGUAGGUGCCUCUAUCCCAGGGUUCCGGGCUUCUGGACACGUCUCUGGAUGGGGGGUCACGGGACUGACGAGGCAGAGCUGGGCUGGAAGCUGCACCUCUGUGACCCUUUCCAGGAGACGGUAG